AUGUUACAAGUUCAUCAAAAUAUUUAUAACGAAGCUGAACAUCAAAUUGAUUUGGAUUUAUCAAGAACAUUUCCUCAUCAUCCUUUUUUCAGACAUGCAAAUUCUAAAGGAAGAGAACAAUUGAAGAGAAUUUUAAUUGCAUUCUCAUGGAGAUCUCCAUAUAUAAGUUAUACUCAAUCCAUGAAUUAUAUUGUUGCCAUGCUCUUACUACAUUGCGAUGAAGAAACUGCCUUUUGGUUAUUUGUGGAGCUUGUGGAAGAAAUUUUACCAAAAAAUUUUUAUAAUCCACAAUUGACAGGAGUACGAAUUGAUUCUCGAGCCUUAGAUGAACUGAUUAAAAAUCGACUACCUAAAAUGCAUGCUCACUUCCAAAAGCUCAAAUUAGAUUGUACGGCAUUUAGUAGUGGUUGGUUUAUGCGUGUGUUCGUUGACAUUUUUCCUAUAGAAACAACAAUGAGAAUUCUUGAUUUGGUCUUUGCUGAAGGAAACAAAAUUCUUUUCAGAACAGUGCUAAGUUAUUUGAAAAUUUAUGAAUCACAUCUUUUGGAAAUGGAUAACAUGGGAGAUGUUUUGCAUUUUAUCAACUCAGAUCCAUGUACCAUGUAUGAUCAUAUCAAGUUGACAAAGAAUAUGUUUUUAUUUUAUAGACUCACUCGACAAGUUUGCCUUUCGUUGAGAACCAAGUACAAAGAACUUAUCGAGAAAGAAGAUGAAGAAUUAGAGAACAGGAGAAGAAUGCUCAAAAAUAAUUCUCAAAUAUAG